AUGCGACGCGUCGAGAGGCGGUGGCCGUACACGAGGAAUACCGCCUAUGUCGCGCUCUUCUGUGCCGCGCUGCUCGUCCUCCAGGUCGGCUUUCGCGGCGGCGACUCGUAUGUGGGCUUUCCGCUUGACGAGGUCUUGGUGGACGCGCACGCGCCGCUGAAGGUGCACCCCAUCUCCAAGUACACCGAUCUCGCCCACCGCCGCUUCGACGCGAAGGUCAAACGCCAGAGCAAGACUCUCAAGCAGGCCGUCGACGAGUACAAGCGCCGCUAUAACAUGAACCCUCCACGCGGCUUCGAAAAGUGGUGGGAGUACGCGCAGGAUGCCAACUUUGUCAUGGUCGACGAGUUCGACGGCCUGAUGGAGGAUCUUGCUCCGUUCUGGAAUAUGUCAGGAGUCGAAGUUGCGCGCCGCGCGAAGCAGGCUGCCGAUCUCCCCUCCAUGGACUACAUCUCCGUUCGAGACGGCGAGGCCAUAGAUAAUACAUACGUGGAUGGCCCCGAACGUGGCGCGCGCGGCCGACAGUUCCUCGUCAUGAUCUCUAAGUUUGCACAUGAGCUCCCUGAUCUCGACUUCGCCAUAAAUGCAUUGGCAGAGGGACGCGUCGUCGUGCCCUGGGAGCACAUCCAUUAUCCCAACUCGACAGACGAAGACUCCAGCGACGGCAUCGAUAUCAUGAAUGCUGAUGGCGAGUUUAUGAUGGACUGGCAAGGCGAUGGCAACGUAUGGGAAAUAUGGCGCCGCAGCUGCCCGCCAAGCUCGCCUGCACGACGCAUACUCGCCAACAGGAUCAACCCCUUCGCCUCGCCUAUCGACUACCUGCAGCCCGAGCUCGAGGGCCGCGGGCGCGACUUCUACUUCACCAUGAGCGUCCCUUCCCGCCUCGAUUUCUGCCAGCACCCGCAAGCGCACUACACGCAAGGCCACUUCUUCUCCGACUGGCGCACAAUCCCUGCCCUCUUUCCCAUCUUUAGCCCUGCCCGUGCCCGCGGCUUCGCCGACAUCCGCAUCCCCAGCCACUACUAUUACCGCUCGUCGCAGCAGUAUACGUACGGCUGGAAUUUCGAGACGAAGGAGGUGGAUGACGUUGACCCGAUGGAGGUUCCUUGGGAGGCCAAGACGGAUAUGAUCUUUUGGCGCGGCUCGACGACGGGUGGAGGCAGCACGCCUCCUGGCCAUGUCGCGUCGUAUCAGCGUCAUCGCUUCGUGCGCAUGACGAGCGAUGGGUCUGACACCCUGCGCGCUGUUACUUUCGAGGAGCCCGCGGGGUCGACGAACUGGGUGACCGCCGAGGUCAAGGCGGGCCUCCUGAACGAGGAGAUCACGGAUGUCGCGUUCACGGCCGCCACCCACAAGGAGUUUCCCGGCGGUCUCGAGGCGCUGUUUGCGGAGCACCGGUUUGGGGACGCGGUCCCGCUAGGCGCGCAUUGGGCGCACAAGUACCUGGCGGAUCUGGAUGGAAUGGGCUACUCGGGGCGCUUCAUGGCGUUCUUGGAGAGCGACUCGGUGCCGGUUAAGUCGAGCGUGUACAAGGAGUUUUACUCGGAUUGGAUAGAACCCUGGGUGCACUUCAUCCCGCUCAGCACGAGCUACCGCGAGCUCUACAAUAUCCACGCGUACUACAGCGGGCCUUCGGAGGCGACCAUGGAGGCCUACAAAGCCGGCCUCGCCGAGGAGGAGGACGAGGGCGAGGACGGCGCGGAGCAUGGGGACGGCGAGAGUGAGAGCGGCGAGGCGCAGAUGGUGUACGACGACGCGUCGCGGGUGGCUCGGUGGCCACCGGUGGGGGCGCGGAAUGUGGAGGGGGACCGGAAGUUGAGGAAGAUCGCGAAGGCAGGGCGGGAGUGGAAGAAGUCGAUGGGGCGGUUGGUGGAUAUGGAGGUCUACGUCUACCGGUUAUGCCUGGAAUACGCGCGGCUCUGCGCGGAGGAUCGGGAGGCGAUGGACUAUACAGGUUAG